AUGGAGAAUGCUCAGAGCCAAAGCAGAAACAAGAAAAAGAGGCUAACACAAGAGCAAGUUAGACUAUUGGAGAAAUGCUUCACGUUGAACAAGAAACUCGAGCCAAAUCUCAAGCUCCAACUGUCGAACCAGCUGAGUUUACCUGAGAGACAAGUCGCGGUUUGGUUCCAGAACAAGAAAGCCAGGUCCAAGACUAAAUCUCUGGAGCUCCAACACUGCAAGCUCCAGGCCAAGCUCGAAGCAGCUCUCUCCGACAAGGCAAAGUUAGAACAUCAAGUGCAGUUUCUACAAGAUGAGCUGAAGAGGUCGAGGAAUCAGCUUUCUCUGUUCACAAAUCAAAAUUCCCCCGUGGAGAAUUCUAAUCUUGAUUCUUGUGAAGAAGGUCAGGAUGAUCAAGUGGUGGUCUUUGACGAGCUUUACGCUUGUUUAGUUAGCAAUGGACAUGGAUCUUCCUCAACCUCAUGGGUCUAA